GCCUCAUCGCGAACAUAAGAUCAGAAACUACUUCUCUGUUCCUUUCCUUAUCGACAACACUCUCCUUGUCGCAAAUCGCACCAUAGGUACAUUUAGUCUACUGUCGCCCGGUUGGUGAUUUCUGUCACACAUGCACACGUCCAGUGCAGGGCAAUAAGACUCUGGGUCUUGUUCCAUUUCGACCUUCCACGACUUCGCUUUCCUCUUCUAUCUCCUUUGUUCAGCAUGGCGAGCGACUUCCACAGCCACCAACCUUCCCUCGAGCCUUUCCCUCUUUUUAUCGACUCAGCUCCGCCUAAUUCGGCCAACUACUUCUCAUCCCCCAUGGCCAUGGCCGCCAUCCAGAUCCUAUCCACAUCCAGCUCAUCUUACAGCCGAAAGCCACGCAUCUCCAUGCCUUCUAAGCUCUCGAGUUACCUGCGCUUACGAUAUUACCAAUACGAAGUCACCUUUGGGCUCUACAUGCUGACCCCGACUGAGAAACUAGUCUUCAAUGCUGUUGUCCUUGGAGUCUUUGCCGCUUUCUCUUACGCGCUCUUCUGGGGGUUCGAACCCUUCAUCGUCAACCUUCUCUGCCGAUUCAUAUACUAUCUCACGGGGUCCUUUUCCACAGCGCCGGAGCUAUGUUCGCACUGAGACACGAGGAACGGAGAGUGGCUUGGACUACACCGCAAGCGCAGAAAGAGCUGGACUAGUGGGAUGGAAACGCAGCUCGGAUAUCUCGGAAGCUCGAAACGCUCAGUUCCACACACUCGAAAGGUGCUGUAUUCGUUGAGUACCACGCGUAUCGACAGAACGGCAGAAUGAGUGUUAAAAGACUGAAGGACGGGUAUUUCGAGAGAAGGCUGCAUAUCUGUGCAGCUAGAUGUGUGAAUCCCUCAGGCCACUUUGCAUGUUGAUCAUGCCGACCGAAGAGAGUGUCCAUGCGAGACAGCGACGGAACUUUCUUGACACUCGCUUCACCGAACCCAACUCUCGCUGUAUAUCAACCUACCAACGAGCCUAUCACCUGGCUUUGACGACUUUACGAAACUGAUGCAUCACGGCACAUUUUGGGGAGGUUUAUGACCUCACGUGGCUGCAUCACAAGCGAGGAGUAAUUCGGCCUCGUAAUCUCAGCGCGAGACACAUCAGGAUACUGUUUAUGAGAUGCUGGCAAUUGUUGUUCAGCCUCCGCCCACGUAGGCCAUGACGAAAUUAUGUUUAUGAUAGCGAGCACCUUGUACAAGCAUUUGUUACUGUGACCAUCUAGUGGCUGACACGCG